AUGAAGGCUGUGUUCCUGACUCUUCUCCUUGGUCUGGUUUGUGCUGUCCAAGAAGCACCAGCUCAGCCAGAAGCCUCAGAGAUUACAGGAAACUGGUACACCAUUUACAUGGCUGCGGAUAACAAGGAGAAGAUUGAAGAAGGAGGCCCACUGAGGACAUACUUCCGUCGAUUUGAAUGCAUUGACAACUGUGAAAAAAUGUCCAUUAGUUUUAUUCUCACGAACUACGAUAGCUGCACCUUAAUCACAGUAGUGGCACAGAGAGGAGAAGGAAAUAUUUAUCAUGUAGAUUUCAUGGGUAAAAAUUCUGUUCAAGUGAUCCCUGUAUCACAAACCAUGGUGGUAUUCUAUGCUCAAAACUUUGAUGGAGAGAAGACCACAAAAGUGACUUAUGCCGUCGGCAAAGGAGACAGUUUGAGUCAAGAAGAUAUUCAGAAGUACGAGGAAAUGAACAACGAAAGGGGUAUUCCAAAUGAAAAUAUAGAAGAUGGCGCCCAAACAGUCAUGGGUGAAAGUUCUCUGCAACUGAUCCGUGUAUCAGAAAGCAUGUUGGUAUUUGAUGCUGAAAACUUUGAUGGAGAGAAGACCACAAAAGCAACUUAUGCCCUGGGCAAAGGAGAUAGUUUGAGUCAAGAAGAUAUUCAGAAGUACGAGGAAAUGAACAACGAAAGGGGUAUUCCAAAUGAAAAUAUAGAAGAUGGCGCCCAAACAGCCAAAGGAGAUGGUGUCACUCAAGAAGAAAUUCAGCAGUAUGAGGAACUGAACAAAGAAAGAGGGAUUCCAACUGAAAAUACAGAAGAUCUCACUGAAACAGUUGCGGGUACAAAUGUUUUGCGACUGAUUCAUGCAUCAGACCACAUGCUGGUAAUUUACAUUGAAAAUUAUGAUGGAGAGAAGAUCACAAGAAUAACUAAAGGCGUCGCCAAAGGAGACAGUUACACUCAAGAAGAAUUUCAAAAGUAUCAGGAACUGAACAGUGAAAGGGGGAUCCCGAAUGAAAAUAUAGAAAAUGGCAUCGAAACAGUCUCAAGUGCAAAUGUUUUUCAAGUGAUUCACGUAUCAGAUAACAUGCUGGUAACUUAUAUUGAAAAUGAUGAUGGAGAGAAGAUCACAAAAAUUACUGAAGGUGUUGCUGUGGCUUGUGGGGCCCAGGAAACUCCAGCUGAGAUAGACCCCUCAAAGAUUCCAGGAGAGUGGCGUACCAUUUACGCAGCUGCGGAUAACAAGGAGAAGAUUGUGGAAGGGGGCUCACUGAGGGGCUACUAUCGUCGGAUUGAAUGUAUCAACGACUGUGAAUACCUCUCCAUUACAUUUUAUGACAAGGACGAUGGAACAUGCCUGUUACUCAAAGACGUGGCAAAGAGAAAAGAGGGAUAUGUUUAUGUCAUAGAAUAUGCGGGUGCAAAUACUUUGGAACUGAUUCAUGUAUCAGAAAACAUGCUGGUGACUUAUGUUGAAAACUAUGAUGGGGAGAGGAUCACAAAAAUGACUGAAGGUCUUGGCAAAGGAACCAGCUACACUCAAGAAGAACUUCAGAAGUAUCAGAAACUGAACAGUGAAAGGGGGAUUCCAACUGAAAAUAUAGAUAAUGUCAUAGAAACAGGUAAAGCCCCAGACGAUGACAGGUAUCCAAAAUGA